AUGUCAUCGUUAGGCAGUACAUUUCUUUUGAUUCAACAACAAUUAACUCGUUGUGUCUAUUCAAGUUAUCUAACUUUUGGUAUUAUUGGUUGCAUUCUUAAUAUUAUACUCCUAAACCGACGGCCAUUUCGCACGAUGUCUUGUUGUGUGUAUUUCAGUGUAGGUUCAGUGCCAAUGUUAAUCUCUCUACUUUUUGGUACUUUACCACAUUUAUACGCACUCUCUGGUAUCAAUCCAAUAAUAACAAAUGUCACCUUUUGUCGAGUCCGUUUUUAUAUAGUUCAUUCGAUGACUUUCAUGUAUCGAUGGCUUUUGGCUGCUGCAUGUUUUGAUCGUUAUGUACUGACUUCAACAAAUAAUCGAUUAAGAAAUUUAGCAUCAGUUCGUAUUGCUUAUCGUGUAAUUGUAAUAAAUAGUAUUAUUUGGUUAGUAUUACCCAUACAAAUUCUUAUUCUCUUCAAUGUAAGAGAUAAUAAAUGCGGAAUUGUCUAUGACAUUAAUGCGGCACUUUAUUUCAGUUGCUAUGUUCUUAUAUUUGGAUGUUGUCUUCCCAUUACUAUUAUGAUUAUUUGUGCUAUGCUUAUUCAUAGAAAUCUUCGUCUCAAAAGGCAACGUCGUUUAGAACUUUCAUUACAUGGUCAUAAUGGCGAACAAAAUGCAGAAAAAAAACGUGAUCAACAAGUAUUUGCAAUGCUUUUGCUUCAAGCAGUCGUUUUUAUCGUAACUUUAACACCUUGGACUAUUCUAAAUUUUUAUAAUGCCUUAACAAUUUAUAUUACAAAUAAAUCAACAGACCGUGUGGCUAUUGAACAAUUUAUUGCUUAUAUAGCUGAAAUAAUAAUAGUUUUUUUUCCUGCUACAUCAUUCUAUGUAUAUACAAUGGUUUCAAAAGCAUUUCGCAUUGAAUUAAAAAAACUUUUCUCACAUUUAUUAUUAAUAUUCAAAUGUAAACGUCAUCCAAAUCGAAUUCAUGCAUUGGUCAAUGUCGGAUGA